AUGUCGCGCAGGCCAGCAAAUCCUCAGGCUGAGCGUAUUGCGCAGAACACCCAAACGAUAAAGAGUCUCUUGAAACUCGAGUGUAAUAAAGUCUGUUGCGAUUGCAAAAGGAAUAAACAUCCAAGAUGGGCAAGCUGGAAUUUGGGCGUUUUCAUGUGUAUAAGAUGUUCCGGAAUACAUCGUGGAAUGGGAACUCACAUCAGCCGAGUGAAAUCCGUUGAUCUGGAUUCAUGGACAGACGAACAGGUACAAAGCGUAUUGAAAUGGGGAAAUGCCAGAGCAAACAAAUAUUGGGAAGCAAAGUUAGCCCCGGGCCACGUACCAUCCGAAGCCAAAAUCGAGAACUUUAUCAGAACGAAAUACGAUUCGAAGAGAUGGGUUAUGGAUGGACCAAUUCCGGAUCCCUCAACUCUGGACGUCGACGGAGACGAUGAUAUACCCCUUGGACUUGUCAAGGAGAAGCACAACCUUGAAAGAUCAACAUCACAAAGGACCGCCCCACCUACUCAAGCCCCUGCCCCGAUCAGCGCCCCUCCUCAACAGGAUCUCUUUGGUGAUGAUUUCGGACCACCUCCGAGAGCGAGUACUGCCGGUCCGGUACCUGCGAGACCUCCACCAAAGUCAGAGCCGGCUCCCCCAAAGCAAACAAAACCGGCGGAUUCCCUCUUGGGCUUGGACUUCUUCGGAACUGAGGCUGCUCCUCCUAGCCGACCCUCGAGUACAACACCUGCUCCGGGUACUCAGUCCAGACCUGAUUUGAAACAAUCGAUUCUAUCGCUUUAUGCAUCCGCUCCUCGUCCUCAAGCGCAACAACAGACAUCGCAAAUUUCACAUGCAUCAUCUGGAUCUUUUGGUGGUAUGCAAGCGGCACCCCAACAAUCGCCACAGCGCUCUACAUUUGGAGGUAUGAACGAUGCAUUCAGCAGCCUAAGUUUUUCAAAUGCAACAUCUCCUCCAGCUAAGACCACAGCUUUCUCCAACUUGGGCAACCUCUCCAGCCACCAAUCUACAGGUUCCGGAGCUCAGAUUUCUUCUCCGCCCCUUAGUGGCGGCGGAUUCUUUGAUUCAAAGCCAAAAGCAGCCGCUGCGCCUUCUCAAGUAUCUCGUACAUUCAGCUCUACGAGUGGGUUUGGAGCCUUUGACUCGGCGCCAGGACAAUCACCAGCUCCGCAGUCCACAAAUGCAAGUUCCUCGUUAGGAGAUCUAUUCGACUUCUCCACUCCUGCUGUACAAAAUGUUUCACCACCUAAACAAACACUCGCUUCGCCACCUGCCCAAUCAUCAGUCUUCAAUCUUUCAAGCCCUACGGCAACUGCACAAAAAUCUCCGCCAGCAGCACCUGCUAUGAGCAGCGCUUGGGGCAACACUGACGCAUGGGGAUCAAGUGAUGCUUGGGGCAGCUCUGCCAAAACCAGUCCAUCGCUCACAAAAGCUGCCCCGUCUCAAACUAACGCUGGGGAUUUUGGUAGCUGGGGAGGUCUAUCGAGUCAAAGUAUAGUACCAGGUACUGGAGGUAGUUUUAAUACAAUGGUUAGUGCUCCAAAGGUGACAGCGGAUGAUGAUUUUGGAGGUUGGAGCAGUGCGGCCCCUGCGCCGGCUUCCAAUGCGACUUCUGGAGCUGGGAAGCCUGCUGGAGGGUUCUCAUCGGGUGGUGAGGAUUUAUUCUCCAAUGUAUGGGAGUGA